AUGGUGGUCUGGAAUAAUAAUAACACCAUGGAGCCCAUAUUUAUUCUGAGGGGAUUUCCUGGAUUGGAGUGUGUCCAUUUUUGGUUCUCAAUCCCAUUCUGUCUUAUUUACUUGGCAGCAUUUAUUGGUAAUGUCACCAUCCUCUCUGUCAUUUGGAUAGAGUCCUCACUCCACCAGCCCAUGUAUUACUUCCUUUCCAUCUUGGCACUGACUGACCUAGGUAUGUCCAUGUCCACGCUUCCCACCAUGCUUGCUGUGUUGUGGCUGGAUGCUCAGGAGAUCCAGGCAAGUGCUUGCUAUGCUCAGCUCUUCUUCAUCCACACAUUCACAUUCCUGGAGUCCUCAGUGCUAUUGGCCAUGGCCUUCGAUCGUUUUGUUGCUAUUUGCCGUCCACUGCGCUAUACCACCAUCCUUAACAACAGUGUAAUAGGCAAGAUUGGUUUGGCUUGUUUACUAAGAAGCACGGGAGUUGUACUUCCUACACCUUUGCUACUGAGACGUUAUCACUACUGCCGUGUCAAUGCCCUUUCCCAUGCCUUUUGUUUGCACCAAGACGUUCUGAAAUUAUCCUGUUCGGAUGCCAGAAUCAGCAGUGUCUAUGGACUGUGUGUAGUUAUCACCACACUGGGCAUGGAUUCAGUCUUCAUACUUCUUUCUUAUGUCCUGAUUCUGAAUGCUGUGCUGGACAUUGCGUCUCAUGAAGAGCGGUUAAAGGCACUCAACACAUGCGUGUCCCAUAUCUGCGUGGUGCUCAUUUUCUUCGUGCCAGUUAUUGGGGUNUUUGUGCCAGUUAUUGGGGUGUCAAUGGUCCAUCGCUUUGGGAAACAUCUGUCCCCCAUAGUUCACAUCAUCAUGGCCGACAUUUACCUGCUUUUCCCCCCAGUACUUAACCCUAUUGUCUACAGCGUCAGGACAAAGCAGAUUCGUCUAAGAAUUCUCCACAAGUUUGAACUAGGGAGGCGGCUUUAA